UAACCCUAGCUGGAGGCGGAGACACAUCGGAACAUCCCGAGCUGUCAAUUCUAUCUAUCCACCAUCCCACCCAUGCGCAUCAUCGUAGCUCUCAUGCCAUUUUUUCCCCCCCCCCCCUCGACGGGAGCCCCCCCAUUCACCAAAUCUGCUCACGCAGCGCCAUGAGCCUGUGAACGCCCAAUCGGCGACGAGGACGGGGCAUCGAAGGAUCUAGACGGGACCGACCUGCUCCCAGCCGAUGCGCACGCACGCGGGGACACACGAGGAACCGACACCAUGCCUCCCAAGUUGACGCCUCGGGGCGCCGGCGGCACCGCCGUCCGCAGCCUCGCCAUGCGAACCCGACGGCUGGCUACGCUACCUGCGCUCCGACCCCGCGCGGCCGCAGACCGGCCGAUAUUACGGGUGGCGGUGCCCUUCGUGGCGAGGAGAGGCAUGGCGGAUAAGAAGUGGGAACCGCCUCCAGACUACCCUAUAGACUACACCUCCCUAUUCGACACGCCGCCGCCGCCUCCGCCCAAAUCGUCGUCGCCACCGCCGCCGCCGCCUCCCCCCGAACCGUCGUCGCCACCACCGCCGGCGCCUCCGCCCAGGUCGUCGCCACCGCCGCCACCGCCGCCUCCGCCCAGUUCGUCGUCGCCCCCGCCGCCGCCGUCCGAUUCUUUGUCACGGCUCGAAGCCGCGGCCGAGGCAGAGCCGAAGCCGUACGAGCCUAGGCCAAUCGAAAUAUUCGCGAACAAUUUCCUCAACGCCCAGGCCAUUGAGGCCCUCGAGAAGGUGGCCGCGGGCGAGGACAUGCACAGCGGCCAGGGGCUGCUGUUCGAGAUGCCCGAGCGCCCGCGCAAGGACCAGCAGCUGCAGGACCGCUACCACCCCGUCAUCGACCAGGUCACGAAGCUGCUCAUGCGCGACGGGAAGCUGAGCAAGGCGCAACGGCACAUGAGCAUGAUCCUCAACAUCCUGCGGACGUCGCCGGCGCCCAAGGUGUCGCCGCUGCGGCCGCUGCUGCCGGGCAGCCCGCCGCCGGAGCAGCUGCCGCUGAACCCGCUGCUGUACCUGACGCUGGCGAUCGACUCGGUGGCGCCGCUGAUCCGGAUCCGCAGCCUCAAGGGCGCGGCGGGCGGCGGGCAGGCGCUGGAGCUGCCCGAGCCCCUGGCCGCGCGCGCGCGCCGCCGCACCGCCAUCACGUGGAUCCUCGACGUCGUCGAGCGCAAGCGCUCCGCCGGCUCCGGCCGGCUCCAGUUCGCCACCCGCUUCGCCCACGAGGUCGUCGCCGUCGUCGAGGGCCGCUCCGCCGUCUGGGAGCGCCGCGGCCUCGUCCACAAGCUCGGCACCGCCGCCCGCGCCAACCUCAACCACUACGCCGUCGUCAAGCGCAAGAAGUAAAAAGACGCCCCUCCUACCCCGAGACACCCACCCAAC